CAAAAUAAAUAUGGCGGACGAAGAACAAAAUAAAGAGUUUACGUCGACUAAAGUCGAACAGAAUCUAAGGGUGAUUUCCGACCAGACUACUAAGCUGUCAAAGCCCAACUUGCUACAAUGGCUGGAGAUUACAGUGUCGGAGCCAGAGAAACGAACCAAUGCCUCCAUGAAGAUGCAAGACACAUUCAUCGUCUACCUCAUAGAAACAAGGGUAAUAGAUGAGAAUAUGAAAGGUUAUGGAGAGGGUGCAACAUCCCUGUGGAGACGAUACAGCGAGUUUGAACUGCUCCGUAACUACCUCGACAUCACAUACCCAUCGGUUGUUGUGCCACCGCUGCCUGAGAAAAAAGCCUCGUACACCUGGCAGAAUGCUUCAACGGACAAGUUUGACCCCGACUUUAUAGAGAGAAGGCGGCAGGCUCUAGAGGUGUUUCUCCUGAGAGUUGGAGCACACCCCACCCUCUGUCUAGACAAGACCUUCCUGGGGUUCAUGCAGAAGGAAAAUGGUUGGAAGGAAUCAGUGUACGCCACAGACUUUCAAAGCAAGGCAGAUUCUCGACUGAAGGCACUGAGUGCCUCAUUUCGUCUCAAGAAACCUGACAGGCGGUUUGAGGAGUUAAAGAACUACAGCAAUGAACUACAGAACAACAUAUCAAACAUACUUCGAAUCAGAGCUAGAAUAUGUGAUAAGCUGUAUGGCAUCCACAAAGUGCAUGGCAACUAUGCCCGGGUGUUCAGUGAGUGGAGUGGGAUUGAGAAGGACAUCGCGGAGGCCUUGCAGAGCAGCGGACAUUACAUGGAUGUCUAUGCAUCUUCAGUGGAUGCCACACUGGAGGAAGAAGAGCAGUAUGCAGAUCAACUCAAGGAAUACUUGGCAUUUGGAGAGGCUCUCCGGUCUGUGUGUCGGAAGUAUGAAUGUGUUCAGUACGACUUGGAGAGAGCAGAGGACAACUUGUCAUACAAGGCCAGUCAGAAGGAUUUGUUGGUGCAAGGUAAGGCAGCAGGCAGUUUCUCAUUGAGUGGGAUGAAGACGAAGCUGUUUGGCAGCGAUACUCCAGAACAGAGAGAUGUGAAGAUCAAACAGCUGGAGGAGCAGAUAGUCCAGGCUGAGGUGGAGCUGAGACAAACACAGGAGGAAACGCAGAAGUUUGUUGAGGCAGCACUGAGAGAUAUUGACAGAUUUAAGAGACAGAAGGUGAAGGAUCUAAAGGAAAUCUUCACUAAUUACGCUAUAAUGCAGAUAAAACAAUGUAAAAAGGGUAUUGCAAUAUGGACAAGUGCCAAGGAUUGUUUCGGCAAGAUGUGAUGUUGUUAUAACCAAUCAAACACUGUCUGCAUUCCUGCUGUGUUGUGUUCCUGACAUUGUGCAUCACACCUUCCUCCAGGACAAGACACCCGUCUGUCUCACGGACUCAUCCCACCACUCUGCAAACUUCAUCAGGUCCUCACAACAAUCUUGAAAAUAGCCACGUCAUUGCUAUUUUACCAAAUAUUGAAUAUGUCAUGUCUGUUUACUUUUGAAUCAUGCAGUAGAAAAAAAUCAUGUUUGACAAUUCAUAUUCAGCGAUCAGAAUUGAUAUUCUUUUACAUCAUUCUUUUAGAGACAUUAUGACCAAGAUUCACUGAUUUAGGAAUUAAUUUGAUUCAGUGAUUUUACCUGAGGUGCUAAUAAUUGGACAUGUUGAAUUGAACAUGCAUUUACCUGUGUUACGCAGCAAUGUGAGAAUUUUAUAUUCCUGGUCUAAGUUUACACAAUGAAUGUUACUGUCCUUGAAACUGCUCAACAGUUAAUCAUUGAAGAUGCUUUUAAGUCUUUAAGUCUUUGUUGAUUUUGAGACAUAUGAAUACAGAUCUAUAAUAAUGAAUUUUCAAGAAUUAAGUUUCAUCAGUGAAAAAUUCAAAUCUGUUUCUAAAUAAUAUAUUAAUGUGAGAAAAAAAGGGUAUAAAUAUUGAAUGAAUAUAUUCUUGUGUUUAAAAAUCAGUAAUUUUGCCAUCUUCUCAUAAAUCCAAAAUUUGAAUGAUCAAUCACACCAUUCACCAGACACCAAUGUUCAAACUGAUUGAACCAUAAACUAGUCAAGUUGACCAGAGACUCUCCAGCGAUGGUGUACCAGAGGUCACCAGCCAGAAUGUUAUGGGCUGUGUACACCUAUUGUUCUCUGUAGGAGAAAAGAUUCAAUUCAGUUCACAUGUAUGUUCAUUGAAAAUGGAAAGUAAGUUGGAAUACAUGUAAUGAAUUAUUACAAGUCUUCUGAAAAUGUUAUGUAUCACAGGGUUUAGAGGCAUCAAACCUAUCAAAACCUAAUGUUGUAAUGGUAGGAAGAGGUGUAUGUGUAAUAACAUUAUCAUUUGUUCACACACUCAUACUUCUGACAAAAUUCUCUGUUCCUCACAAUGUCUAGAUGUUAGCCUUAUUUAUUCAACAUAACAAUGUUGAAUAUGACUGUGAUAGAACUAUUGCUGUAAUUGUAAAUAUAAUUCUGAACAACAUAUUGAAAGAUUUCAUUGCUCGGUAUUGAUUUAUCCGUCAUUUUAUAGCAUAGAGAGACACUUUCUUUUCUUCAUUCGUAUAUCCUCCAUGUAAAUAUAUGCAAUGAUUGUGAUUAGUUAUAAAGUAUUUGGGUAGGUAACAGUCACAUUAAAGUUAGAUGAUUUACUCCAGUACAAUAUCUCACUGUAUGAAGGUCUCAUCAAUUCAUGUGGACUUUCUGAUCUUCUAAUAGUGCCAAUGUUUCGUCACAUUAUGCACAAAGCAUACUUAUCAGCAUAUCCGAUUUCUGUAUCUUGAAAGUGAACGUAAAGGAUAAGUUCAAAAUGGAAAUAACAAAGGCUGUACAUUAUAUUGUUAAGGAUGUUUUAUACAUUCUAAUUGCUAGUUCAAAAACAUGAACCUAAAUUGUUUGAUAAAACUGACAGGUGAUUGAUACAAGAAUCUUGAAAUCUUCAAUUAUGAUUUGGCAGUGUGAGUUUGAACAGGAUUCACACAACCAUGGAGGGUUGCCACAACUUCAUUUGUAUUGUAUCUGUCAAAAUGAUCUGAUUUCAAUGAUAUUGAAACAAAUGACAGUUUCCUGUGGCAAUUUAGGACAUCCCUCUGAAAUACAGGCCAAAUGGUAGGUGCAUUUGCCACAUAUUUAAAGUAUCAAACUGAAUUGUUUUCUCUGCUGCAGUAUUAUCCGAUACAGACAUACCACGGUAAUCCCCAAGGAACCAUAUCUAGUCAAGACAAAUUUGUGGUUGACAGUGUGAUCAAAUAUCAAACCACUGAAUUCUGUAACAUUAUCUGGUGAGUCACACUUUAUCACAACCUUAUUACCAUUCUAGAAAGUGCUCACAAAAGCAUCACAAAAUGUCAAUCUCUUUAAAAUCAGACCUUUUUACUUUGGGCAUUAAAAAUCUGUGGGCAUUUCCAUAAAAGGUCGUGUCAAGAGACCUUCUUAUUAGCCAAUCAGCAAUAAGACGUCUGAAUUCAUGUUACAAAUAAGCGAAAGAUUCAGACAAGUGUAUCAAUUUUUUGUAUCUCUAAAAUGAACAUAAAUCGAGGAAUCUCGUGCAAAAAUAAUGUGUGCUGGAUAUAAUGGAUACCAUACACAUGUCGUUUGAAAGCACUGCAACAUCUGUACACACAAUAAGGUUACUAUUUGAUGGUAUAUUUGUGUUUGGCAGUGGUGUUCUUUGGGAAAGAAAUCAAAACUAGAAUAAGGCAGUGACAAAAUAACAUAUUAGAAAGCUGACACCUGAUUGGCUCAAGAACCCACGCAACCCUCUAUGGUUGUAUCACUCACGGUAAAGAUGUAAAUUUUGAUGGGAUUGGGUGAAAUCAGAACCUGUUCUGUGAAUACAGUUGGUAAUUUAAACAUCAUACUUUUAUUCUGUACAGAUAACAACUGCAUAAGAGCUUGUCACCAUGGUAGUACAUAGUCCUGUUCACCACGGAAAUAAUGAGCACAAGAAAUAUAUAAUGUGAUACAUUAUAUAUAUAGAAUGUCGCUCAAAUCAAAAUGUCAUUCUAGUACCUGAAGCUGUUGAUUUUGCUAUUAGCAUAAAUAUAUGCUGCCAAGUGUAGAUGCAGUGUAGCACUUAGAUGAAUUUGUAGGAGAGAAGUUUGUUAAUUCAUUUCACCUCUGUAUGUUUCUUUGAAGUGUUCAUUAUUAUUUUUUCUUUAAUUUAUUUAUCAUAGAGGAAUAGAUGUUUAAAAAAUGUAAUGAAAUACUCAAAACUCUAAGAAUGGCCCCUUCCGUUGUUCCAAGAUAACUGUGCAAUAUGAAGUGUCACAAGCGUACGUACAUGUUAGGUAAUUAACAAAUAAUCUAAAGCUGACUGUUGCAUGAUGGUUGUCUACUGUCCAGUGUCCGUCCACGUGUCCUGCUAGUUUGUAAAUCCUAAAAAAUAUUUCACAAAAUGGUUAAUAUCCUGCUUCAGUAACUCUGAACACAUCAGGAUAGGUGACUGGCCACCAGUUUACCCAAGCUAUGACUUGAUGCCAGUUAGUUAUCUCACACAACUGUUCAGCAUGCAGCCCCUUGAGACUUGAACCCAGAUUGUGAUGAGUUUACCCACAGGCUCCCUGGCUCAAUACACCAUGAUUCAAACUGCCCAAAUAUAACAGAAAUAGCUGCCCACUAUCCAAGCUCUUUUCCAUUCUCAGUAUUCCUUAUCAGACUCUCUUCAUCCAAUGUACAUGAUUCCACAUUUUCCCUUUCCAUGCAUUGAUCAUGUUGCUAGCAGCUGAUGAAUAUUUUGUUGUCAUUGUCACAAACCAAAGUAUGAUGAUUCGUGUUUUCAAAAAGUGACUACGUUUGUGUAAGUGGAAGCUUGGCACACUCAUGAAUUAACCAUGACAUUCACGUUCAGCUGUAUAUAUUCAUGUGAGAUGUUGAUUGUUCACCUGUUUGCAUGAUACAAGCACCCCAGCUUCUGACCAUGCAGCAGAGACUGGUUUUAUCACUGAAACACCCCUCAACCUUGUCCAUUUGCUUCAUGUUAAUGCCAAGUUAGAUACAAUAGACAGAUCCCAGUCAGACAAGCAUCGCUUAAUAACAUGACUCCUCUGUGUAAAUAACUGUUACACCUGGAUGCUUUACAUGCAUGUUUGUACCACUGGUGUCAGCUUUAUCAAUACACAAUGGUGUUGUCCCACUGGUCUUGUCAUAUUGGUGAUUCAGGCACAGCCCCUUGAUUUCAGCUUCAGUAACAGAUGUAUACUACCCAAACAAGUUAAGGAGCACACACAACUUGAAGGUUGUAUUACCCACUGGCAUUGACAGGUUACCAGCAAUAUAAGCACAUGUGUGUUCUUUACCUUCUUGAAGCAGUAUACAUUGGAGACUUUGGCUUCUGCGCCAAUCUGUUUUACUAUGACAAACUAAGUCAUACAUAUUUGCUGCUAAUAUUUGAAUAAGGCACUGUAUUGGUAAAAUGAUAGCAUGGAUAAUGUGUAAAUCUUGAAGUAUGUUUGGGAAACAUGAAAAAGUAUUUCUUUAGACCUUGUCAGAAGACUCAGUUGAUAGGAAAAGAAGCACUGAUAUUUUAUGACACUUGUUUUGAUUUUAUUACUCUCACAUGGAGUAUUUUUAUAUGUAUAGGAUUAGGUUUAUUUAUUUGUUAUGUGUGAUGUACACUUGUUUGUAAAGAGUAAUUACAACUAUAAUUAGAGUGUAUGAUUUGCUAUGUUUGUCACUGUAAUAAAUCUGUUGUUGUGUUUCA